UGUGGUGGAAGAAUUAAAUUACCUGUUUUAUGUCACUGGCACUAGACCGCGAGCAUUAGCCCUGUGAAACAGACCGGACCUGGGCUUCUGCCUGGCAGCAUCACGGAAAAGGGAAUAAAAACGCACCAGCCAGAAAGUGCUCAUCUGCGCAUGCGCUGAGAUUAACCUAAGGGCGCUCCCAUAUGUGUACAAACGGAGGAGGGAAGUGCAUUGGCUGCGCAUGCGCAAUGCGGGGAACCAGGCGCCUGCGCGCUGGGGGGGCUGUUUUGGCGGGCGGCGGGCGUUGCGCAGAAGCAGCCUCGGCUCUGAGGGCCUGCGAGAAGGGGGAGUCGGUGCCGUGCCGGACCCGCUUCGUACCCAGGAAUUGGGUGGCCUUGGUGCAUUAGGUGGAACUUCCUGCGCUAUGGGAAAGAAAACCAAGAGGACAGCAGAUAGUUCGUCCUCUGAAGAUGAGGAGGAGUAUGUUGUGGAGAAGGUGCUAGACAGGCGUGUUGUGAAGGGUCAAGUGGAGUAUCUUCUCAAGUGGAAAGGAUUCUCUGAGGAACACAACACUUGGGAACCCGAGAAGAAUCUGGACUGCCCUGAGCUGAUUUCUGAGUUUAUGAAAAAAUAUAAAAAAAUGAAGGAGGGUGAGAACAACAAAUCAAGAGAAAAAUCCGAAAGCACAAAGAGGAAAUCCAGCCUCUCCAACAGUGCCGAGGACAUCAAAACCAAAAAGAAGAGGGAGAGCAACGAUAUUGCCAGGGGCUUUGAAAGAGGAUUAGAGCCAGAAAAGAUCAUCGGUGCCACAGACUCCUGUGGAGAUUUAAUGUUCUUAAUGAAAUGGAAAGACACAGAUGAAGCAGACCUGGUCCUAGCAAAGGAAGCCAACGUGAAAUGCCCGCAGAUUGUGAUAGCGUUUUAUGAGGAGAGACUGACCUGGCACGCGUAUCCAGAGGACACGGAAAACAAAGAGAGAGAAGCAGCGAAAAGCUAAAGUGCCAUCCUGGGCCAUCCUUAGCUGUACAUACACAUCCACCUGACCCGACCACAUCCAUUGAAAUGUGCUUAUUACUGUGUUCCCAGGAGAAACCUGUUAUUGGUUCAGUCAUAACAUAAAUGGUUUGCUUCAUGUUCGGCUUCAUCUCUAGUGAAACCCACGAGAUUUAUGUGCUGUGUCUCCUCUCUCUUCCCCCCACCCUCCAGAAAACGGUUUUGACUUCUCACAUCCUCUUAGAGCCUCCAGGGGUUUACAGAGUUGUUGGUUCCCUUUGGUUCCAUCCCUUUUUGCCGCUUUAAAUGCCGAGAAUGGCAGCGAUGCUCUUCCUAAACAGAACUAAGUGGAGUUAUCCUGUCCAGGUGCACAAAUGGCUGUUGGCUGGAAAAGCAAUAGGAGCUGUCUGCAUUUGGGAAAUCCCUCCUGUCCCUCCUGCUAAUGCUACACAGGGCAACAUCCUGAGAUGGUCAAUGUGGCCUUUGUAUGCUGGCUUGUGUGUUGUUACAUAACUGGCAAAGUCUUGUUGGGACUAUGCAUCUGGACUCCAUGCUGGGGGACACCAGUUGUCCUGGGUUGUGAUGCCUUCCAGCCUGUCUCGUGCCUGGGAUAGUUUCCAGGCUAGUUGUGUUCUCUUUGCAAGCCCAGCCUGCAUUAGUAUUGGUUCCCAGAUGCAGAGCGAGCCCCCUUCCUCCAGGAGGAGUCUAAUGUGUGGGAGAUAGGAAAAGCAGAGCCUUCUUAACUUUAAAUACGAUUGUGUAUCCCCUGUCAGGCGCAGGUGGAGGCCUGCCACUGCUUUUGUAUGAUCUUAUACAGUAUGUAUGUAUAUAUUCGUUUCUCAUUUGGGCUGUGUAUUUCCAUAGUGUGAGCGUAUCAGGUGGCCUGGCUUUGUGCCAAGGCACCUGAUCCAUUUCUGUCAUUGGCUGUUGCUUCAAAGGCCACAAGCAUUGUGUUACCAAAGUGGCUUCCCCCUUGAGGACCUCUCCUUCCCUCCCCCAUGAGCUCUGCCUUGGAAACGUGGACAGCUGAUCUGGUCUGGUGUGCACAGCACUUCUCCCUGGAAAAUAUGCCCCAGGCUGUAGGACCUGCCAGUGGAGCAGAGAGGGCAUUGCUGUUUCCCAGGGGGAUGAAUGCUCGUUUUGCAAGGCAUGGGUAUCUGGGACAGUCGCUCUGCUGCCCAAGAGAGCUGGCAGUACAGUAAGGUGGUGCAGAACUGAGCCGCUACAGCAUUAGGCACUGCUCUUGGGGGUUCCUUUUUCUUUCCCUCCCUGAGUAUGGUGAGGCCGGAGUGGAGAACUGACCCAGGGCUGGUUGCAAGAUCUGCUCCUUAGCAUCUCGGCACAGCCCUCUUUUGCUUUCCAGCAUCAUGUUCACUCUUCAUGCUGCUCCUACGUCCUGUGUAGUUUAGCUGGACUUGGGCUCUCUUGCCUGUGGCAGUCUCCUUGCCCGCAGGAGCUGAUGGAUGUCUUAAGCUCCCUGCUCCUAAUGUUGCAAACAGAGUCCUCCUUGAUGACUAGAAGUAAUAAAAUUAUGGUAUUGCGGUGUCGACACUGGUUUCUGGUUGGCUCAUUCCCUGUGCAAAGCUUCUGCAAGAAUGAGCUAGUUGGUUUUGUGGCCUUCACUGUGGCUUGGAAAGGCUUAUUGCAUAAAGUGGGGACCUGCAAGUGGAUGAAUUGGAAAGGGGUUGUGGGUUUAUUCUCUCGAAUGAAAAUAUCCUUGUUGCAUCCUGACUUUCCUCAGUCCAAAGGCCUGGUCCUGUUCUUGUUUAUCUUCCGUCAUUCCCACCCCUUUGCUACCCCGAUUCUCUCCCUUUAUAGUGAGCUUGGAAAUCUUGAAUGGCGUUGGGGCAUACCUGUAGACUGGGUACAGAGGGAGUUUUAUCAGUGCUGACUCCCUUCCUGGCCCUUGAACUCUGGUUAGUCUUUGUUGUGGGCACAGAGAAUUUUGCUUGUUCUGCUUUUCUAGAGCACGUGACGCAGUUUGUUCUCAGCCUUUGUGUCUGUCUGUCUCUCUUGUGGGCACAAGCCCUUUCAGUAUAAUAUUCACACUGUUGGAUGAAUUCUGCUUGCAAGCGGUUCAGAUGCUGUGGGGGAAAUCCAGGCGCCCUGGAAAUCAAUGCCAGAGCUCUCAUUGACUUCCGUGGGGCCAGGAUUUCACUCUGUCUCUAACACAACUUCUAGUUGAGCACAUAUCACUAAGCAGUAUUUCCACUUCACUGACGCACCUGCCAUCGUCUUCUGUGCCUUUUGGAGGUGCGUGCAGGCAAAGGGUUAGCAUGGCCAUUGCUUAGAGCAGCAUACUCAAUACAUCAUUUACUUUUGAAAGUUCCCGUUGGUACGGUCAGUAUUUCUAGUUGCAUUGUCCUGGCUGAUGUUGAGAGUGAUUUGAAAUUAAAAAAUCUGCCUUCUGAGCCACACUGCCAAACAGGCCAGCCAAGCUGCAGCUGCCAGCACACAGAGUAGAAAUGCUGAUGUUCCUAAUGCUGCACACUUUUUCAUAUGUGCUGGGAAGUGCUCCUGGCCCUGGCACCCUUCCAAGGCUUCUGCUUAGCAGCGUUCCGGGCAUCUCUGUAACUGACUUUGCUCAUCAUUAAGCGCCUGUGGUCUUACAGCCUCUUGUUCCAAUAACUGUGGGGCUUGCACAGGUACCUCUGGCAGAAGCACAAUCCACAGAGAUUGAGUGUGUUUUUAUGGGGUUAUGACAUUUUUUAAUUUACUUUGAGUGACCUUGGGCUAGUCAGAGAGCGCUCCCAGAGCCAGGGCAUGUGGUGAUGACGCUUUGGGAGGAGUUUGGGGAUUCCCGUCAUUCUCACUUGGUUAGGAUUUGCGUAGGUUUAGGGCUAAGCCUGAUGCAUCUGUAUUUGGAUCUGAGCUGGGUAGCAUGGGCUCCUUGCUGUGUAGCAUGUUAGCAAACAUUGAUGCUAGUAUGUGAAUUGCUGUAGGAUGUAGUUGGUACAAUAGGUAAUGGCAACAGCUGGCUACCUUCCAACUGCAUUAGUUUAGGGGCUUCCCCACCUGUAAUGUGGGGGGAGGUGGGGAUAUCGAAAGAAGCUUUUACAGGGCGGGAUGCAAGAGCAUAGCCUGGCUGCAGUCUGUACCACUUGGUGCGCUGCUUUCAGGUAUUAGCUCAGGUAUAGAAAAAGCUGCUGGCAUGUCAACCUGUGGCUUCCACUUCUUCUCUGGCCCCCAUUCUCCCAGCAUCACAUGCUCCUUGUUCUUCCCCUUCCUCUCCAGCCGUUCCAGCAGGCAGACUUGCUGCUGUUGCUUUAUCCCUGCCUCUGCAUGGAUUUCUUUUCUCUGAAGGGAGUCAGCUAGUCUUCCCGUGAUUUGCUGGAGUCUUGAUCUUUGCCAACUCUGUUUUCCUCUUCCCCCCCCCGCAGCCCCCAACCUCCUACAGCCCUUUGCACCAAACUCAGAGGGAGCAAGGCAGCUGCUGUACAGCAGUGCUUCUCAAUUAGGGGUACACGUCAGUACAAACUAAAAUUUCAUACAGACAAUCAUUUGUUUAUACUGCCCUAUAUACUGUAUCAGUGUUUCUCAACCUGGGUCUGACAGGAUGGGUUAUGGGGGAUUGCAAGUGCAGGGCCGUCAUUACGGGGGUGGCAAGCAGGAGAGCUGCGAAACAGGUACAUGCUGAAGCCAAAGCAUGAGUCCCGCCUCCCUGGGCUGAAAGCAGAUCCUUGAAAGGGGUACAGUAAUCUGGAAAGGUUGAGAACCACUGCAGGAGUUGCAAAUAAAGAUGGAUUAAUGCUCUUUCUGUGCCUCUGUGUCUGCUGCAGAUGGGAGUGGAUAAGCCUGCUGGCGAUCUCUGAGCUAGUGUGAAAUGCUAUAGAACAUGGAGCAGCACGCAGAGGACAGGCACUGUUAACAGGAGACCGGCCCCUUCUUCCCGCACAGACUGUCUCUCUUUAACUCUUUGCUCUCUGGAAGCAAAUCUAAGCGAAAUCCACCAUUGAUUGUGUUGUGACCUAAGUUCCCUCUAAGCUGCGUGGCUGCUCAGCAGCCUAUUAAACACCGCACAGACGCUCGGGGCUGUGGUGGGGAGAGAUGCCUCUCUCCUAGCCCCGACCCAGCCCAGCCCAGACAGUACCAGGUUUAUAAUGGCGCCCGACCCAUGCUAAGUAGGGGCCUCGCCUGCCAUCCCAGGACUUCUCUCUCCGUCCCCGCCCUCCGUCACCAGCAGGCAGUGACGGGGCGGGAGGCAGAAAGGAGCCCACAGCCACUGCUGCUCCUCCAGGCCGCUGGUGAGGGAUGGGAAGCCCGAAUCGGCGGACCAUCGCUGGCGGCCCGGACUGUGGAAGGACCUGCUGUGGACAGGGAAGAGGUGCCUAUACCAUGGCCCCAGCCCCGGAGCUGCUGCGGUGGGGAAAGGCGCCUCUCCCCCGCAGCCCAAGUGCUGCUGUGGGGAGAGAGAGCUGGGGGGAGUUAAUAGAAUCAUAGAAUAUCAGGCUUAGAAGGGACCUCAGGAGGUCAUCUAGUCCAACCCCUUGCUCAAAGCAGGACCAACCCCAACUAAAUCAUCCCAGCCAGGGCUUUGUCAAGCUGGGCCUUAAAAACCUUUAAGGAAGGAGAUUCCACCACCUCCCUUCCAGGUAAUCCAUUCCAGUGCUUCACCACCCUCCUAGUGAAAAAGUUUUUCCUAGUACCCAGCCUAAACCUCCCCCACUGCAACUUGAGACCAUUACUCCUCGUUCUGUCAUCUGGUACCGCUGAGAACAGUCUAGAUCCAUCCUCUUUGGAACCUCCUUUCAGGUAGUUGAAAGCAGCUAUCAAAUCCCGCCUCAUUCUUCUCUUCUGCAGACUAAAUAACCCCAAUUCCCUCAGCCUCUCCUCAUAAGUCAUGUGCUCCAGCCCCCUAAUCAUUUUUGUUGCCCUUUGCUGGACUCUUUCCCAUUUUUCCACAUCCUUCUUGUAGUGUGAGGCCCAAAACUGGACACAGUACUCCAGAUGAGGCUUCACCAAUACCAGAUAAAGGGGAAUGAUCACUUCCCUCGAUCUGCUGGCAAUGCUCUUACUUAUACAGCCCAAAAUGCCGUUAGCCUUCUUGGCAACAAGGGCACACUGACUCAUAUCCAGCUUCUCGUCCACUGUCACCCCUAGGUCCUUUUCUGCAGAACUGCUGCCUAGCCAUUCGGUCCCUAGUCUGUAGCGGUGCAUGGGAUACUUCCAUCCUAAGAGCCCCUUGUUGAACCUCAUCAGAUUUCUUUUGGCACAAUCCUCUAAUUUGUCUGGGGUCCCUCUGUAUCCUAUCCUUACCGGCCAGCGUAUCUACCUCUCCUCCCAGUUUAGUGUCAUCUGCAAACUUGCUGAGGGUGCAAUCCACGCCAUCCUCCAGAUUGUUAAUGAAGAUAUUGAACAAAACCCUGCAAAACCUUCUCUCCCUGCAUAGCCCUGAGGCAGCCUGCACCCCAAACCCCUCAUCCCCAGCCCGCACCCCCAGCCGGAGUCCUUACACCCCAAACCCCUCAUCUCUGGCCCACCCCAAAGCCUGCACCCCCAGCCGGAGCCCUCACCCCCCUGCCCCAGCCCCCUCCUACACCCAAACCCCUCAUCUCUGGCCCCACCCCAGAGCCCACACCCCUAGCCGGAGACUGCACACUCUAAACUCUCUGCCCCAGCCCUGAGCCCCCUCCCACACUCUGAACCCCUCAGCCCCACCCCCACCACAUGAAUUUUGUUAUGUGCACCAAUAUGGUACAACAUCACUUACAUAUUGGUGCACAUAACAAAAUUCAUUCUGCACGUGUGGAAAAAAUUAGAGGGAACACUGGUUGUGACCAGAGCUGGUUGCAAAUACACUCCCCAUGAUCCUAUUGGACUCUCAUUUUAGCUGUGCUGCGUGUUCUAAUAGAAGCAGUAAAAUGGCUCUGGAUAAAAAGCCUGAUAUGAAUCAGAUUAGAGCCACAUGGCUCAGCAGGCUUGGUAUGUCAGGUGCUGUUUCAGCAGUCAGUCUUGAGGGUAGCUGUUAGUCUUCUCCCUUCCAGCCUGAAUUAUGCCCCUUUGGGAGAUGCAAAAUGGUUCUUAAGUUGCUUCAGCAUUCAAAGUGGCUUCUAGACAGAGUAAUAGAUUGUGUUGGUUGCAGCCUCAGGCAGCGUAGUAUGUGGUGUCAUCUCCUGUCAAUAGGGCUGUCCUGGACCUCCCUGCAAGCUCGUGCGCCAGACAGAUCUCUGCCUAUUGAGUCUGCCCCAGAUCCCUCCCCAGUCGCUCCCUUUUAACUGCUCUUGAAUGCUCAGUCCUGCUGCUUUUCCUAUUGCAGAGAGGAAGCUUCUCUGCAGCUGGCCAGCCACCUUCCCUUCUGGCUAGAUUUUGUUUUGCUAAUUUCUGGUAUCAGUGUUGCUCGAAAAGUAGAUGCAGCAGCUGGCAUGGGAGGAAGGGGGUGGGUAAAGAAGUGAUGUCAGAAACCCCUUAGCAAACUCUGAGUAGGUCGGGGGAGGUUUUCGGUGUUUGUGGCCAAAACCAAAUACUUAAUGCUAGACUGAAAAGCUCUCCGGGCAUUGUUUAUUUUGUGUCCCAGCCUGCAUGUCUAGCUGUGAGCAGUACCCUGGUCCUAAUCCUCUUCUCACAGGGUGUUCGGGGCAGGAGGUUAAGUGCCAGACUAAGUUCCUGGAAUGGCAUGUACCAUCUGAAAGAGGAGACAUUUUCCUUGUGGCAUCUAUUGGGAACCAAAACUCAACCCUUUUCCUUGGCCCCAUUUAUCGCAAACAGCUCUCUCAAAUUGUCCCUUGCUCAAGAAAACAGCUUAGUGUCUGUGAACAAGCUGCCCGUAAUGGCGCGGUUUGAAACUAACCUAAUUAAACGAGUGUGAAAGGCUGUGUGGAUGCUGCACUUAUUUAGCUUGUUAAGAAUUAGCUUAAGCCAACCUGAGAUAAUUGUCCACACAAGUGUUCACACUGGUUCUGCAAAAUAAAUUGAGAAAGGCUAAAGCCAGACUGAGGGAAGCCCCGAGAAUGCAGUACGUACUGCAUGCCUCCCGUUGUCACAUGCGGUCUGAUUCCCCCCUGUGUGUGCUACGUUUUGGGGGGGGAUGGACACCAGGAUUGGGAUCCUCUUGUUGCACCAUAGUUUUCAAGUUGAAGUCUGAUGCUAGCUAGGGAGGUCAAAGCGAUUCCCCAGCCAGCUGCCACUUCAGCGCUCGGUUUGUAGUGGUGGGGGGACCAGGGUAAUUUUCAAACACAAAGCGGGGUCGGCUGCGACUGGGACGGGGCUGGCAUGUGGCACGUGGAAGGGGAACUGAAAAGCAUUUAAUCUUGGAUCCUAAAUCUGCCCCCCCUCCCCACUCACACUGCUCAGACAAACCUGACCAAAGGCAAAGGAGCGAGCCUCUGAGUGAGAACCCGCCCAAAGGAAUGGCUGGGGGUGCAGGAUGCCCACAUCACAAUAAGGAAGCUGCACUGCAGAUGGAAGUCACUCUUCCAUAUCUGCCAAGACCCAGGUUGAGGCUCCUGGUCUCCUGACGUGCAGUUGUCACUGAACAAGACCCACAUUCAAACACUGGUCGUGUGGGGCUCGUUUUCAAUAAAACUGGGGGACAGGCCACAGCUGUUGCACCUGUUUAAAAAUGCCAUUUUGAGGGGGACUCUUAUCUCCAACUCUCCCAAGGAGGAACACCCAGAAUCCAGGGCUGUGGGUGGGUAAAAUGCUUUUCUGACCUCUCUUGCUCUUUAUUUUAAUCCCUUGUAAGUGGCUGUAACCCAGUGCAGUCAAGGCAGCUAGAACUCCCUGUGCCAACUCAACGCUCCCCAGCCCUGCUGCACUGGGCAGUCCUCCGAUACGUAUCCACACUCCCCUUUGUGGGAAACGGUCCCCUUGGCCAAUCUCCUCCCUCUGUCAAGUUGCUGUUCCUGGUGUUGUUGGUGGUUUUUUUUUUUAUGGCAAAGCAGAACGCUAAUUUUUUGUCAAAUUUCUUUUGUUGUUGUUACAUAGAAGGGAUCUGGGGAGGGAUCGUUCUGAGAUAUGGGCGUGGUCUCUGGCCAACUUUGUAACUAGUGUGUUUUUUUAAAAAUCUUUCUUUUAUAUACUGAGCACUUCUGUGUGGACACUUUUUAGGCCGAGUCAGUUCUCAAAGCCAAUUGCCAACGAUUUCAAGUCUUUUGUGCUAAAGGUUGGAUCCGGCCUGCGUUUAAACAACUAUUAACUUUUAGAGAGUCUAGUUCCAGUCUGUCCUCUCUGUCUGUUCCAUGGACAUUGCCACUUGCAAGGACUGGUAACUUGCAAGUGAAGUGGGGAAAUUAAUUGCAUUUUAAUUAAACACAUGAAUUUUUGUCACAGAUGUUCUAAUUUUAUCAGGGAUCACAGCUGAGCCUUCUCUAAGCUGGAACAUGAUGAUUGUCUUCCUCCUCUUAUAAAUUGGACUCCCCCUGAUUAAAAGUCCAUUGGUGAGGCAUGAUUUGCUAAUGAUUAAAACGUGCUCUGAUCCCACACGUAGAGGCAAGACAGAGCCUUAGUUCAGCCUAGUGUUGAGUCUCCUAGCGCAGUUGUUUUGUUGUAGCAUACAUGCCUCCUUUCGAACAAAUGUAGAGUCCAUGCUCCUAUAAGGGUGAAUCAGCAAAAUACAGGGCUACUUUCUACUUGUCAGUUUCUGGUAUUCCAGGGGGCUAGGUCCUGCCAUUCCAUUUGGGGGCAUCUUUCCUUCCUAGCCAAUCUGAGCUUUUAGGGGUUCAGCUCCCACAUUUUUGAUGUUCCCCCCUCCCCUGAACAGGGGGUGAACCCCGUUUUUUAAAAAAGUACAUCUCUGACAAAAUGAGACUCUUCCCCUGGAGAGUUCAGAAGCCAUUGCUCAGCAGGCUGGAUCAUUUCAAGGUCUGACACAUUUUAGUCCUAAAUUAUUUUGACAGUGUUACUUUAAUCUAUGGGCCCAACCUCCGCUUCCGCCAGCCAUCCAAUCACUGCUUGGCGUGAGUAAGGGCUGCAAGAUGAAGCGCGAUUGGAAGAGACUUGAGAAAAACCCAUGGCUGCUCCCGCCACGUGCCAGGUGUGUGUGUUUCCUUGCUGUGUCACCGCUGUGUUGCCUAGGCAGUAGGUGGCACAGCACUGUUAGUGUGGGGGCCGUGGGCAGCAUUCAAACCCAUCUCCCUGUUAGAACUGACUUGCUAGGGAAGAGUGGGACUCUGUCCUCCAGACCUUAGCCAGGUGCUACUGUGUGGCACAAAGUGUCUGUCUGAGCCGGCGUGUGGCUCACGGCUCUCCCCUCUCCCGUGUGAUGUUCAGUAGCGUAGCCCGUCUCUCCGCUAAUGUAUGUUAUGCUUUUUUUAAAUAGUGAUGUUUUUAAACUAGGGAUUUUUGUCCCAUCAUGAGACUGACAUGUUACAAAGGCCCCCUGUCCCUUCGCACUCUUUCAUACUCUUGUAUUGGUUCUAAUAAAUGGUUACUUUUCA